CCUGCUGGUAAGUCAGUGAAGGUCAAGUUCAGUACCUUCCUGUUAUCAGAGCUGGGUCAGGAGAACACGAAGGACUGUAACAAGGACUAUGUAGAGAUCAACAACAAGAGGUAUUGUGGAGAACUUCCAACCAGUCCUGUUGUAACCAGUGACACUAACACCAUGAAGGUAGUCUUUUACUCCGACGCCUCGUAUGUAGACAGAGGAUUCAGCGCCACGUACGAGACCUUCGAAUCCACAGACCCCUGUCCUAACAAGUUUCAGUGCAACAACCAGCGUUGUGUCAACACACAUCUGAAGUGUGACGGCUGGAACGACUGUGGAGAUAUGAGCGACGAGAUCAACUGCAAGUGUGAUUCCACUCAGAUCAGCUGUAAGAACGGCCUGUGUAAGCCCCAGUUCUGGGAGUGUGAUGGAGUGAACGACUGUGGAGAUGACACCGAUGAGCAGAACUGUGGUGCUUGUAAGGCGGGGGAGCUGACAUGUCAGAACGGGAAGUGUGUGUCGGAGAAGAAACGCUGUGACGAGAAGGAUGACUGUGGCGACGGGUCAGAUGAGAGCGACUGUGGACGAAUUAUGAAUAAUGUGCAGUGUUCUGACUCCACCUAUAAGUGUGAGAACAACAAGUGUACCAACAAGGAGAACCCUGAGUGUGAUGGAACACCUGACUGUGAGGACAAAUCAGAUGAGGCCAACUGUGAUUGUGGGCGGAGCCUGUUUAAAACUAGCCGUAUUGUGGGUGGUCAGGACGCAGAAGAAGGGGAGUUCCCGUGGCAGGUCAGCCUCCACAUUAAGAACGCGGGUCACGUGUGUGGUGCUUCCAUCAUCAGCCAGCGCUGGCUGGUUACUGCUGCUCACUGUGUACAGGAUGACGCCAAGACCAGGUAUUCCCAGCCAGGUGUAUGGGAGGCGUACCUAGGCCUUCACGUCCAGAAGCAGAACAGUAAGAACGUUCAGAAGAGGAACCUGCGUCAGGUGAUCUCCCACCCGUACUACAAUGCCUAUACCUUCGACAACGACAUCGCUCUGAUGGAGCUAGACAGCCCUGUGACCUUCUCUGAUUACAUCAGACCCAUCUGUCUGCCCUCCCCACAACACACCUUCCCCCAGGGCAACUCUGUCUGGAUCACAGGUUGGGGCGCCACACGAGAGGGAGGCUCUGGUGCAUCCAUCCUGCAGAAGGCCCAGGUCCGUAUCAUCAACAGUACUGUGUGCAACCGCCUGAUGGGAGGACAGAUCACCUCCAGGAUGACGUGUGCUGGUGUGCUGACUGGAGGUGUGGACGCAUGUCAGGGGGAUUCUGGCGGGCCUCUGUCCAGUCCUGGUACUAGUCGUAUGUUCCUGGCUGGAGUGGUGAGUUGGGGUGACGGCUGUGCCCGUAGGGACAAGCCUGGUAUCUACAGCACCGUCACCAAGUUCAGGGGCUGGAUCAAGGAGAAGACCGGCGUGUAACUGGACACGGGGAAACGACUAGGAAUGAUGAGGACAACCGGCCGAUGAACACGCCAGUACUGUACAGAUUACUGGUUCGCCGGGACUCGCCCCUCUACACCCUCCUCCUCUCCCUUCCAUUAUCCAGGAGCGAUGAACUAUUUUACCUGCUUUGAUCUCAGGCCUCACAAUGCACUCCCUUUCAUAUCGAUGGACUAUGGGACCGUUGGUUGGGUUUUCUCUGUUGAAAGGCAGAUGCCUUCAUGUCUAAAUGUUUAUUAUAAUGACUGGUGUCUGAAUGUGUAUUUUUUUGUGAUGAGGAGGACUAGGUGGUUUUGUGGGGAAAGUGUUUUUAAGAAUUGUAAAUAAUGUCAAAUUUUGUGCGUUUUUUUUUAAAAUAUUGUUUUUAGAUAUAUUAGUUUUGCCCAUUUGCAAUCAGUCAUUUGGAUUGGAUACACACAACAUUUUCUGGUAUGUUUUACAUAGGUAGGAUUUGGGACAUUUUUAAGGAGUAACUGUAGAAAAACUGUUACAUGCGCGUACACAAGGAGACGAUGUGUUCCGUUGCUUGUUUUGCCAUUGGAUUUUGAAUCGUUUUCCCCAUAGGUUUGUUUUCUCUUACGUCCUCUUUUAGAACCUUUCUCUUAAAUGUGAAUUCAGACUCUUUGACUUGUUGCCCUUGAACUCAUGAAGGGGGGGGGGUUUGCAUUCCGAAUGGCGCCAUAUUCCCUAUGAAGUGCACUACUUUUGACCAGGAUCCAUAAGGGCUCUGUUUUUUUUUUUUUAAGGUGGUACACUAUGUAUGGAAACCGGGUGCCAUUUGGAACACAGGGCUCAAACAGACGGUAUGGAGCUGGGGUCACUAUCUACUCUGAUUUGGUAUUUGACACAAUAGUUUUUUGUUGAAAUACCAGGAAGUCCUGAUGCGACAUGAGGAUGAAUAAUUUGUUUGUUUUUUAAAAAUGUGAUUUAUUCCUUGAUGCUCUUCUUUUUUUUUUUUUCUCUCCUCCCAACUUUAUUUUUCAUUUAAUUUGUGUCCGACGCUUUUAUUUCAGAAUAAAGCUUCAUCAGAGAUCGUCUGUUCGGUUAGCAUUGGGCAUAUAAAUACAUUGAUUUCACAACAUAUUUUUUUUUGAGGACAUAAUACAAAUUAUCGAAUUUAACUUAGAAAUUAAAACAUUAUCCAGCAUUUAUCAAAUCAACCACUUACUGUAAUUGUUUUUUUUAUAUAUAUAAGUGUUUAAAAUAAAUAUGAACAACCAA